AUGAAGUUGACCGACCUCAUUGAGAAUAUAGAAAAUGAACCACAACCAGAGUCACCAGUGCCUAAAAAUCGACGUGAAAAGUCGCCACUGUUUGGCACUGAGGUAGCAGGUCGUCUACUGCGAAAUACACGAGCUCGUGAGAACCGUGAACUUAAUGGCACCGUCCUUAGGCCACCUCCAACAACAACUCGGGGA